GCCUCCACAUGUGACCUUGUUCCUUCUUAAUAUAAUCCUCUUCGAAAUCUCGUUUUUAACUGUCUGUCCAUUGUUCUAGCUGGGGAGCAGGCAGGCAGGCAGGCAGCUGGGUAUCCCCCUCCCUCCUCCAGCUAGGAACUUGAAGGAUCGAUGCUUUCUUUCCCUCAAAGCAAAACCCAGUCAGCACACCCAAGCAAAGCUCACUCACUCAUCUUUCUUGUGUAGAGUAUUUCUAUUCCAUUCCAGAGAGAGAGAGGACAACGCCAGCCAGCCAGCCACUAUUUAGAGAGACGAGAGAGAGAGAGAGAGAGAGAGAGAGAGAGAGAGAACAGAUCGACGCGACGCUGGCAUUCCGGAUCCCCAAUUCAUCCGGAAGAUCAAUCAGGAUCAGUCACCACAAGGAAACUAGGCGUUCCAUAUCCGUAGGAUCCUAACCUUGUUGCCGUUGCUGCUGCCCACGAGAACUAUAUCUUUGGGCCGGUUGAUGCCAUGGCGGCGGCGUCAUCCCCUUCCUCGUCUCCGGCUCCGGCGAAGAAACAGAUGAAGUGGUUACGCGGAAACAAGAAGGUGAUUGAUAGGUACCUCGGCGAGGCGCGGGCGGCUCUCGCUGCGGCGGCGCAGGACACCGAGGAUGGGGACGACGCGGCGGCGGCGGCGCUCGACCUGGUGAGCCUGGCUCUGGAGAUGUCGCAGCCGGCGGAGCCGGCGCUGGAGCUCCGAGCGCGCGCGCUUCUCGCGCUCAGGCGCUACCGUGACGUCGCCGACAUGCUCCGCGACUACAUACCCAGCUGCGUCAAGUCCUGCUCGGGCGACGACGCCACCACCUCCUCGUCCUCCUGUUCAUCCGGCUCCGGUGACCUCGCCGCCGCCUCCAGGGUGGAGCUCCUGUCCCCGGACCGCGACCGCUCCCACGCCGGCGCUGGCCGCACCCGCUUCCUGUGCUGCUUCGACGUAUCCGAGCUGAAGCGCCGCCUCGUCGCCGGCUUCUCCAAGAAAUCCAACACCGAAGCCCAGUGGAGGUACUUGGUCCUGGGCCAGGCCUGCUUCCACCUCGGAUUAAUGGAGGACGCGGUGGUGCUUCUCCAAACCGGCCGCCGCCUCGCCUCGGCGGCGUUCCGCCGCGAGAGCGUGUGCUGGUCGGAGGACAGCUUCUCCCCGUCCAACCUGACGGCCAACGCCGCCAAGAGAAGAACGUCCAAGUCCGGCACGGGGUCGGUGGCGCCGGCAAGCGAGGCGGAGUCCGUGUCGCAGCUGCUUGCGCACGUGAAGCUCCUCCUCCGCCGUCGCGCCGCGGCGGCGGCGGCGCUCGACGCCGGUCUCCCUGCCGAGGCCGUGCGCCAUUUCAACAAGGUUCUCGACACGCGCCGCAGCGUGCUGCCGCACCCCUUCGCCACGGCCUGUCUCGUCGGCCGCGCCGCCGCGUUCCGCGCUGCCGGGCGCCCGGCAGACGCCAUCGCUGACUGCAACCGCGCGCUGGCGCUCGACCCGGCGUUCAUCCCGGCGCUGCGCGCGCGCGCCGAUCUGUUGGAGUCCGUCGGGGCGCUCCCCGACUGCCUCCGGGACCUUGACCACCUCAAGCUCCUCUACGACGCCGCGCUCCGGGACGGGAAGCUGCCUGGGCCGAGCUGGCGGCCACAGGGCGGCAUCCGGUUCGGGGAGAUCGCCGGCGCGCACCGCACGCUCACCGCCCGCAUCCAGCAGCUGCGCGGCCGCGUCGCCGCCGGCGAGGGGUGCAGCGUCGACUACUACGCGCUCCUCGGGGUGCCGCGUGGGUGCACGCGCUCGGAGCUUGAGCGCGCGCACCUCCUGCUGACGCUGAAACUGAAGCCCGACCGAUCCGUGUCGUUCGCGGAGAGGCUGGAGCUCGUGGACGAGCACCGCGACCUUGAGGCCGUGCGCGACCAGGCGCGCAUGUCGGCGCUGUUCCUCUACCGGAUGCUGCAGAAGGGGUAUUCGUUCAUCAUGUCCGCCGUGCUGGACGAGGAGGCCGCGGAGAGGCAGAGGGCCAAGGACGCCGCUGCUGCCUUGGCUGCCGCGGCAGCGGCCAAGCAAGAAGAUGAAGCGACCGUGGUGGAGAAGCCCGUGGCAGAGGUUGUGGUUGCAAAGGCGGCGCCUGUGACUGUGAUUCCAAUUCCAGUGCCCAGGAACUUGGUGACCGCGGCGGCGACACCAAUGAGCCCGCGGUUCCAAGGUGUGUUCUGCCGCGACAUGGCGGUGGUGGGUUCCCUGGUGUCCCGAGGCGGGUUCGACCGGGCGAUUCCGGUGAAGUGCGAGGCAAUGAGCUGCUGAUACUUGUUGAUCCAAAACAUCGGUGGGUGGGGAAGAAAAGACUCGUGGACAGAGUUGGCGGGGAAAAAAAAUGCAGAGAGAAUUUGAAGCUCUAGUGGCUGGCAGUAGUAGCACUGUACAGUUUGGGAAGAUGAAAAUGACGGAUGAGCCAAAAAUAGGAUGGAAGCAGGGGAGAUUUGAUUUCGUCUUGUUCAACAGGUCCUUUCCUUUUGCGAGCUUGUCAUAGUUUUCCGAAUCUGCUCAUGUAGAUGCUAGUACUUGGUACUGCAAAUUUUGUACAGUUGUCAUUCUAGAUUUGGAGAUGUUGGAGGUCUCUCCCCUCCGUUUCCUCUCUGGCUGGAUCUGUUGGUCCCUGAAAGCUGAUGGUGAAGUGUGUUUGUUAAGACUGGUGCAAAGAGAUGGCAUCACACAUGGCAAUGGUGGCCUGGAGAUCUAAGGUUUCUGCUGAGAUUGAUGCAGAGAGAGAGAGAGAGAGGGCCCAUGCUUGUGUGAUGGAAGAAGAUGACGUGGCUGAGGUUGGUGGGCAGGCAGCAGAUGACCCCCUCUGCAUCUGAAUUCUGCACGGUGAUGCUUUGCGGCGCAGAAUUGCAGUUGUGGUGGAGCAUGACUGCAUGAGCAUGGUGUACUGCGUCUGCAUUUGCGCUCUGCAUGAUCUCUGAAUCAUGGUCCCAUCCCCACGGAUGCACCAUCAUUUUUUUGUCUGACAAUAUUGUCAAAACAAGCUUUUCAGAGACGCCCAAAUCCCCUCACUGCUGAAGCUACAGUAGCAUAUCCUUUGGUGUGUUGUGGGCUUGUGGCUUACUUGAAGAUUAUCUGUGAUUAACGAAAAUUCUUCAAGUGCUCAGAUCGAUGGACCGAUUUGCGCUGACUGAAGGUCCAUGUGAUUCCCAUCAGGAGCAGGUCUCGGUGGUUUAAGCUUGAGUGGCCUGAUCUGAUGCACCCAUGAGAGAAGCGGCCUAGGCUGAGCUGAAAACAACGAGGCGUGUCCUUGUUGCACUGUAGCAGCGUGGAUCAUACCAAUAGCAUACUGCACUUUACAGUUUGCAAACUCAUGUGCAGAAAGGACGUUCCCCUUUUGAGGCUGCUUUUCUUUCUUUCUUUUUUCUGCGAGAAUUUUGAGACAAAUAAUUAAUAGGAUGACGGCUUUUGUUUA